AUGUCGACGUCGAAACUCGCCUCCGAAGUCGCGCAGAAGAACAAAUCCCAUCUGUCCCAAGUUCACAUAAGCGCUAGAGCUGAUGGUGGUGUUCUCGAAAGGGCAAUCAUCUGUCGGCGUCCAAUCCGAUGCGGUUCAAAGAUUGAGAGAGGGCUGUUCAGCCGCGUUCUAGGAAACCUUCAAGUCUCUGUGCCUCUGUUGAAUUGUUAUCAAUAG